CCCAACUGGCAGGGACAGCUGUGCAGAAGGGCCGCACCAGCUUUGUUCCCAGUGUGGCACCCGCUCUCCACCCAGGCCUUACUCUGCUCCCACUCGACUCUUUCACUCGUGGGGCUCAGUGGGCAGCUGGUGCUGUAGUUCCCGUACCAUGAGUGCCUAGAGGCAAGGAGCCACCAGGGUCUCCGGAGUCAGGUAGUGGGCUCUGGGGGGAUGGGGCAGGACCAGACGAAGCAGCAGAUUGAAAAGGGGCUCCAGCUGUACCAGUCUAACCAGACAGAGAAGGCACUGCAGGUGUGGAUGAAGGUGCUGGAGAAGAGCUCCGACCUAGUGGGGCGCUUUCGCGUGCUGGGCUGCCUGGUCACAGCCCACUCCGAGAUGGGCCGCUAUAAAGAGAUGCUGAAGUUUGCUGUGGUACAGAUCGACACAGCCCGGGAGCUGGAGGAUGCUGAUUUCCUCCUGGAGAGCUACCUGAACCUGGCACGCAGCAAUGAGAAGCUGUGCGAGUUCCACAAGACCAUCUCCUACUGCAAGACCUGCCUUGGCCUGCCUGGCACCAGGGCAAGUGCCCAGCUUGGAGGCCAGGUCAGCCUGAGCAUGGGCAAUGCCUUCUUGGGCCUCAGUGUCUUCCAGAAGGCCCUGGAGAGCUUCGAGAAGGCCCUGCGGUAUGCCCAUAACAACGAUGACGCCAUGCUCGAGUGUCGCGUCUGCUGCAGCCUGGGCAGCUUCUACGCCCAGGUCAAGGACUACGAGAAAGCCCUAUUCUUCCCCUGCAAGGCUGCAGAGCUCGUCAAUGACUACGGCAAGGGCUGGAGCCUCAAGUACCGGGCCAUGAGCCAGUACCACAUGGCGGUGGCCUAUCGCCUCCUGGGGCACUUGGGCAGUGCCAUGGAGUGUUGUGAGGAGUCCAUGAAGAUUGCACUGCAGCAUGGAGACCGGCCACUGCAGGCACUGUGCCUGCUCUGCUUUGCUGACAUCCACCGGAGCCGUGGGGACCUGGAGACGGCCUUCCCCAGGUAUGACUCUGCCAUGAGCAUCAUGACUGAGAUUGGAAAUCGCCUGGGGCAGGUGCAGGUGCUGCUGGGUGUGGCCAAGUGCUGGGUGGCCAGGAAGGCACUGGACAAGGCUCUGGAUGCCAUCGAGAGAGCCCAGGACCUGGCCGAGGAGGUGGGAAAUAAGGUGCCUACAGAACAAUGGGACCCGGAGCUGCCCCAACUGCCGCCGCUCUUCCAUGAAACCUGGCUUUGUGUGACUCCCUGCAGCAUUCUUGGGCUUCCGCCUUGCCUGUUCAUCCUGUGUGGCACAUGUAAUUACAUGCUGGAGGCCCCUGUCCGCUCCUGGGGUAGCAGCCAGCACCUGGGCCUGCCCACUGCUGCUCCAUGGGGCCCUGCUGCCGUCCUGCCCCUUUGUACUUUGCUCUUUAUAGAAAAAUAAACUGUUUGUACCUGG